AUGCCGUCUCCUGCUGCUCUGCCCGAGCGACGUCUUCAGCGCGGCGAGCAGAUCGUACAACGCCGCCAGCUUGUCAUCGGGCAUCGCGGCAAACAUCGUCGCGAUCCAGCCGUGAUGCGCCGCCGCAAGCUCCGGAAAUGGCUGCGACCGCGCUCGGUCAGCGCCACGAUCGAGCGACGGCGAUCGUCGGGUGCCGGCCGCGACACCAGCAGGCCGUCCGCCUCCAGCUGCCGCGACCGCCGUGACGUUGCCGUUCGACACCAGCAGCGACUGCGACAGCGCGCUCAUGGUGAUCCUGCCUCGAUGCCGCUCCAGCGUGGCCAGCACGUCGAAGCGCGGCAGCGUGGUGUCGAACUGUUCGACGAAGCGGCGUCGCAGCCGCUUCUCGAUCGUCAUCGAGCAACUCAGCAGCCGCAGCAGGACACGAAUGUCCAGCCGCCCGCCGAGUUCGCCGUCAUGCUUUUUCCCUGA